AUCGUCAUCUUCAGUUCGGAGGAAGCCGUUCUCCUGCACGGCUCUGACCAUCGACCAGUGGCUGUGGUGCGUGUUCAUCGGCGUAGGAGAGCUGCUGUGGGGACAGCUGAUCUCGGCCAUCCCCACGCACCACCUGAAGUUCCUGAUGGAGGCGGGUCACGGCACCACGAAGGAGGAGAUCCACGAGGAGGAGCUGACGGAGGGCGCCGACGAGAUCGACCACGCCGAGAUGGAGCUGAGGAGAGGCCAGAUCCUGUGGUUCAGAGGUCUGAACCGCAUCCAGACGCAGAUUAAGGUGGUGAACGCUUUCCGUAGCUCCUUGUACCCGGCGAGCCCAGAGUCCCGUAGCUCCAUCCACAGCUUCAUGGCCCAUCCCGAGUUCGUCCCGCUGUCCGAGGAGGAGGCUCGCAUCCCCCCCAUCGAGGAGACCGGAGACGAGAUCGAACCCCUACCAAGCCCCUCCUCCGGGGCGGGAGGAGGAGGAGAGCCGCCGAGCGCCUUCCCCUGCAGACGCGAGUUAUCAAUCUGAGCUCCUCUCUCCUCUUCCUCCUCCCUUCAGCAUCAUCUGUCAUCCCGCCAACCGAACUGUUGCACCAAGGAGGGAAGUCAUCACUCUGCUCAUCCCCUCAUCCUGCACGUGCACACAUGCUUCACAUUGCCCCCACCCCCCAACCCCUUACCCCCCAGUCAUCGCUGCCACAUUGUGUCUUGCAUACUGACUGUGGCGUUGUUCAACCUGUAAGUUUGUCCCUCCACCACCACUAUACAUGUAUCAGCAGAGGGGUGGAGUCCAGAGUCUCCACUGUGGAAGGCCUGUCCUGGUCCAUUCAUGUUUUGUUUUUUUUAACUUGAUGAUCCUUUUAAAAAAAAAAAGUUUUAAAACUAUGUCAGUUUCAAUCUUUUUUGCGGGACUCUCAGCAGCAUGUCGUGUUCUGUACUCGCUUUCAUUCCUGCGUAACGCUUCUCAAAAACGGCACCGAACUUUUCAAAGAGUGCAGUGAUUCUCAUGUACAUACGCUUUUGCUCUUCUACACAGCUAACGGCCGGGGUUUGGUGAUCAGAACAUUUUCAAGGCAAAUGCAAAAAUGUAAUUUUUAUUUUUUUUUUGUCUUUUUUUUUUAACCUCCUCCAAUCAUUGAUUCAAACUCCUGAGAAUGUCUUGUGAGUGUGACACUACAGUCUGCAAGGUUCAACUGUUAAAAUAAUGUUCUUCCCUUUAUCGUGUCUGUAUGUGUCACUUUUUCUUUAGCUGCUGUGUUGCAUGUGGAAGGACAGAAUGUUAACUGCACAUAAAUAUAUCUAACAUUGGGGCGUCAAGAGAGGGCUCGCUCUCUGCUCAUCUCACCUUAGUUGGGGGUUUUGGUUCUCUCUGCCCCUCCCCACAGUGUUGAUAGGAAACUGGAGUGUGCUUCAUGUUUCCCCCUCUUAUAGAGUGCAUGUUAUGUUUCGUUCGUGUUGAGUCGCAUGAUAACAUUGGAAUGAAUAUUUGGGAUUCUGUUUAGACAACCAUAUGUUAUGUUAGUUAGUCUGCAGCAGCUUCUGUUCAGAGCUCGGUCAACUUCCUGAAUGUGGGACUGAACUUCCUGUUCGCACAACAGGACAAUAUCAGACUUGUCAAUAGACAAAUCAUGUUGAGAAAAACUGAAGAAAAGUUUAGGGUUUGCAUUAGGCUUGCUACGGUGGUUGGUGCUACCUGUGUUGCACGUAGUUCGGGCAUACUCACAUUACAUGACCUUUUUUUAUAGAGCAUAAUCCAAGCUUGGUCAUACGGUUGAAGAUAAUUUAAAACUAAGAGUGUCUCACCAUAUAGCAGCAGAUUUUAAAGAUAUUUCAUAUUUCACUUGAAGAGAAAGGAGAGGUGACAAUGUUGGAAGAGCUUGUGUUAGCGAUCCCUGAACUGGCAUUCCUAACCGGUUUGCCGUCUACAGAUAUCGUUGAUAGAAAUAACAAAAUAUCUGGUUUAAUCGUUAACACUGUCCGUCUCAAGUGAUUAGGUGGCAUCCCCAAUCAAUGUACGAGGAAGUGUACCACUCAAAGGCCCAGUUGACUUGCCUACAACCAAUGCUUUCCUUAGUUUAGUUUAAUGGUUCCCUCUAGGCAAGGAGCCAAUCUCAGCUCCCAUGGGGCGAAAAUUGGGUUCUCCCAAUUGGGCCAUUGAUGCCUCUCUUGCAGUUGUCACAGCGGAGGUAGUACUGAUAAAAUGAGGCCACAAUAGAUACUUGAUUGGCCUGAUUCCUGAAAAGAAAGGAUGCAGACUCCCUUGAAACUAUCACACCAUCACCCCCCCGCCUGGACCAGCCUGAUGUUGAUGACAACAGAUUGGUUGGUUUCAUGCAAAAUAUGGGAUUAACAAUUAUUGUGCAUCAAGGACUCCAUUGCCAACUUCCUUGCAUUCUUUGCUUCUCUUUCCUGUAAACCAAUCAAAAAUGUAAAAGACCACAUCUGACCAUGACACUGUGAGGUGAGACCCCCAUCGCUAAUCACUGCCCCGCUGUAAUGACAUUGCAGUUGACCAAAUUUACAUCCAGUGGACCCUCACAGCUACAAAGAAAGAUCCAGUUCUUGUUUACUGUGUCAGAGUCAAUGAAAAAACAGUACUGCCAAAGGAUGAAAAGUAGUCAUUUUCUUUUCAUUUUCUUAGUUUCAGUGGCGUCAGAUUAAUAAAGGUAGCCCCCACUUUCCUCCCCAGAAACAUCCCAAAACUCUUCCUAGUUGACCCUGAUAUGUAUAUAGUAUAUAGUACGACCAGAUAGUAUAUAAUCUCUGCAGCGAGAUAAAUCCAGAAUGAAGCAACAACAAGUCAUCUGGAUCAGAAAGUUAACCACUUCAACUAUCUCUUUUGUUUUAGGUUUCAUCAACCACAGCUAAUCCAAUCAUCUUCGUGCCAUAUGCGGCUUUCAGUUGACUUCAUAUGUUAUGAUAUUGCCUCUAAAACUAGACUUCUGUUCAUCCAAAUUGGAGCUUUAAAAUGAUAUAACUAUUGACAAGUCUGUUCUGGGUCACAAUGGAAGAUCUCCAGUUCAAGAAACAGGGAGUUAAAGGAUCUCUGAACCGUUUCUGGACCGUCUCUCUGUGUUUAAGACAAAUCUUAGUACCAACUCUGAAGUUUUUGUUCCUAUAUUUGUCAAGAGUUUCAGGAACAUAAACUCAAUCAGUGACAUUGCACAGCUGGCAGAGGAGAAGGUGUUCAAUCAUCAUCCCUCUCCGCUCUGCUGUGAUUGAUUAACAGUCGUCAGUGUGGUGGCCACGCUGAGGUUUAUGGGAGACUGAUGAUGUCACCAGUCGGCCUGUAGAGUAAAACCCGCUGUGUGUCAGUGCUGCCGCUCAGUACUUCUUGCCUGCCGUUGUCCACAGAUUACUGUCUUAAAAGAAGAAGGAAUCAUCUACCAGUCAGAGGCAGUGAUGAGUCUAAUCCCCUCUUAGUCCAACUAGUAACCAUCAAGCUAUCUUUGAACUAGGACACGUUAUUGAAGUAAUGUGCUACUACUGCCAUAUUUCCAACUUUCCUGUCACAACUAGGUUCUUCCUCUCCCCUCUGAUGAGCUUUUUCUAUGUAACUCAGAGCCAUAUUUUAUAGGUUGUCUGUAUUGUUUUUUAUCUCAUUGUUAUCAAGGUUUCCUUUGGACUUUCCUAACCCCAACCCCAAUCCUUCCCCCUCCUCCUCCCCUGGCCCUUUACUCCAAACACGACCAAAAAAGCAAGGAGAAAAUCUUCAGUCGUCACUGCCGAACCAAGUUUCAAGGACCUCUACAAUGUUUACAUGAAAAGCAAGUGGGUGGCAGUUCGCCUGCGCUUCUCUCAUCCGACCACUUCCCUUUCAUUCCCUUGCUUUCCUGAAUCUUAGAGUUACUAUUUAACUAAAUGGGGAAUCUUUCUUGCAUGGUUUUCAUAUAAAAUUCAAUGUUUUGCUCAUUUUUUAUAAUUCUUCUGUAUUUUUAUAUUAAGUACUUUUUAAUAUUUUGGAGAUAUAUGAAUAUAUAUGUAUAGGCUGAAAAGUUUGGUGACAGUACAGUACAUGAAUGAGA